AUGGCAUCCAAUGCACAAUAUCGAAGCUCUGACGAUUGCAAGUCUAAGAAACGAAAGACAACUUCUACGCCGUCGUUAAGUAGGUAUGAGAAAGGAACGAAUCUGUAUGUGAAGAAUAUUGAUGAUAUUGUGAAUGAUGAGAAGCUCAAGGAGAUGUUUGCUGAGUUUGGUGAUGUGACCUCGAGCAAGACCAUGCUUUCUCAUAUGAGACCAAAUGCACCAAUGGGUGGGUUCCAUCAUCCUCCAACAGGAGGGCCAGCUGCAGGGCCACACCAUCAAAUGUACAUGGGUCAGAAAGGUCAAGGUAUGGUGCCAUCACAGCCUAUGGGGUAUGGCUACCAACUUCAAUUCAUGCCUGGUGUGCGUCCGGGGCUUGGUCCGGCCAACUUUAUGAUGCCUUAUAUUCAGAGUCAAACUCAACCUGAUUCUCGUGUUGGAUUCAGGCGUGGUGCUCCUUACAUGAAGCAGCACUUCCAGCAUCAACAACCGCACAAUGGAAGAUACAUGGGAGGUGUGGGUAAUAUGUUGAGUCGUGUGGAAUCAUCUGUUCCACAAGGAAUCAUACGAUUGGAUGCAUCUGCAGUCUCUCACAAUGCAUCUCAAAACCAACAGAGGCCACCUCUCCUCCCUAUUUCUAAGCUAACUUCUGCCGUGGCACUAGCUAACCCUGCCAAUCACUCACAGAUUCUUAUUAAAGACCCAAAUAUGUUUACCAGCCAGAUUACCCUAAUUACUAAUAUACUAUUUGCAGCACUUGAAAGGUAUAAGUACAGAUACCACUGGGAGCCAGAUUUAUUGGGAUCCUUGACACCAAACGCAGAGAUUUCAAUCGGAGUAGUGGUUAAAGUCCACUGGCAGCAAGAUGGGUCGGGAUAG